CUUAUCAAUAAAAUCUGCACUGCACUGCGGGUUAAGUGUGACACCGUUUUGAGGUACUGAGUACAGUAAGACACCAUGGUGUAUUUUCUGUUUACAUACGUAGCUACUGUUUAAUUCUGACGCUAAAGUGAACAAAUAGAACCAGGGCUGAGCCUGUUGUUCACAACUGUUAAACGUUAGUGAGAGACUUGUUUUUCAAUGUUUGUCUACAAGUAAAAAAAAAAAAAAGCCAGUCGAGGGCACUGCAACUUACUGAUAUACGCCGACAAACAUGUGAUGAACAUGUACACAGAGAUUUGAAGGAGAAACGGCCUCCAGCAGAACUCCAACCUGAUUCGAAUAUUCAGAAGUCCAAGGCUCCACCUCUGUUGACUGUGUGUUCAGUAGGUGUGGCGCUCCACUGAGAAGAAACUUGUCUUGUUACAAAUGGAUAUCUACAUUUGGAGGUAGAGAAAACAGACGGCACCUGUGAACUAAUGAGGGGGACGUGUGGUUUAUACAAGAGACCUAAGCCUCCCGAGUAAGAAUGAUCACUGAUACCGAGCUCUCCAUGAAUUCAUCCCGCAACAUGUCGACCAACUCGUCUCAGCCUCGCAUGAGACCUAAAGCCAACAUGAGGCCCACUGUGCGUCCCACGCCGGCAGCUUCUUACACUGCCUCUGUGAACACGACCACAAACCCUGCUUUUUCCGUCGCUGUCGGAAUGGUCAACAACAUCUUAAACGAGAUUCCACUGCCUCGUUGGGCUAUCUACGCCAUCUCUGCGGUGGGUGCCCUCCUGGUCAUCGUCGUCUGCAUCUGUAUCUGCUGCAAGUGCUGCUGCAAGAAUACGAAGAAGACCAAGCAGAAGGACACCAAAGUUGACCUGAAGGCAUUGAAUGCAAAUACCACCACAGCUCUGGUACAACCAAACGUGACAGACGUGGAUUACGGUGCUGCAAAGAAGCCGAGAGGAAAACUGCUCUACUCCCUGGAGUAUAAUGCCCCACAGUCAGAGCUCAUUGUGGGCAUCAAACAAGCCGACAGCCUGUUGGCCAUGGACAUGGGCGGGAGCUCGGACCCGUACGUCAAAGUUUACAUCAUCCCUGAUAAAUGUAAAACCUACGAGACCAAAGUUCUGAGAAACACGCUGAGACCUGUCUUCAAUGAGAAUUUCAACUUCCAGGUACCUAAGUCCUCACUGGGGAAGUCGUCUGUGGUGAUGCAGGUCUUCGACUUCAACAGAUUUUCCAAGCAUGAAAUGAUCGGUGAGAUUCGGCUGCCACUGGCGGAGAAAGACCUGAACCAUGUUAGCGAGGCGUGGCUGGAGCUGUCUGAGCCCGCCAAGUUUGAGGAGGAGAACCUCGGUGAGAUCUGCUUCUCGCUGCGUUAUGUUCCUGUCAACAGCAAGCUGACUGUGGUGAUUCUGGAGGCCAAGAAUCUGAAGAGCAUGGACAUUGGAGGAACGUCAGAUCCAUAUGUGAAGGUGCAGUUAGCAUUGGACAAGAGGAAGUGGAAGAAACGGAAGACAUCUAUUAAGAAGAAAACACUCAAUCCUUAUUACAACGAGUCAUUCACGUUCGACGUGAGCUUUGAUCUCAUUAAGCGAGUCAACCUGGUCAUCUCUGUCUGGGAUCACGAUGCUAUGAGCCGUAAUGAUGCCAUGGGGAAGAUCUACCUGGGCUGCGACGCCUCAGGGAACCAGCUGAGACACUGGGCCGACAUGUUGUCCAACCCUCGCCGGCCGGUGGCGCAGUGGCACAGCCUGCUCACCCCCGAACAGGUCAACUCCACGCUCACGCUGAAGAGCAAGGUCCCUGGCAAAAUCCGACGCUAAAGCAAUAAGAGAAAGAGUGAUAACCUUUCACAACCACCACUUAUUUAACUGUGCAUGACAGAAAAGAUGAUUUUGCUAUCUGUUGAUUUAUAUUGCAA